AAGUACCAGAGAUAAUCUAAGGUGUACUAUUAUUGACUAAUAGUUUCUUGUGCCUAUACCCCCAUUCCUGGGUUUAGUUAUAAUCAUAUUUGAUUCAAGGUAAAGAUUUGAGACAAUUCAACUAAUAUUCCUACAAAGUCGAAAAUAUCCAGAUAUUUCAUUUUAUUUUAGUUUUUUUUUCUUUGACCAGUUAUUCUAGAAAGACACCAUCCAAAGGCUCUUAACCUAGAAGACAUUGAUUAACAUCUGGAUAAAUUACCAGAUCCCCACAGCGAUUAGUGGUCAAAAAGUAAUCUACACAUUUUUUACCAAUAUAUAUACGAAAGGUUCCCAUUUUGUGCGGGAUCUGUAACACCGCGCAAAGUAUACCAACAAAGAAUUUUUAUCAAGGGAUAAAUAAAUAGAUAGAGUUGCCUUUAUCACUAGAGGCUUACUGGAUUUACGAGUCAAUUGCGCACUAAAGCUUCAAAAGUCGAAUACUUUGUUCAAUUAAGUAUUCUUGGGUAGGUGUUCUCUUUCUUUUCAUUCUUAUUUCUGUUUCUUCUUGUUUCUUUUUAAAAAUAAAUUUCGAUCAAUAUUUAUUACAACUACCACUAUUCUUUGAAGUAAACAAAGUAUUAAAAGAAGAAAAGAUAGGAAUAGGACAAUGAUCAAUUUCAGUGGACAAACUAAUAAAAGAGUGGUUAACCUUGGUUCUAGUAGGAACUCUAGGAAUAACUCACGGGUGGGGCGAAUCGGUGGGCCCUCUACCACUGGUAACCAAUCUGGUAAUCACUCAAAUAAUUCCAACCAUUCAUUUUUGGAACAAUCAAGAAUUCAAAGAAUUCAACGAGAAGAACAACGGAAUAAGGAAAGAGCUGCGAAUACCCUUCAACAAUAUGUCAGUAGAUAUCUUGAAAUGAUUGAUAUUCGAGAGCAAAUCCUUGAGAAUUGGGAGAAUAAUCAACCAAUAUUAACAAUCUCAUGGAUUUAUCAAUUUAAAUUCAUUUGUAAAUGGACCAAUUGUUCACCAUUUGAAAUUGAAAGGGUAUUAAGAUUAGCCAAACCGGUAAUAUAUAGCAGUAGCAUUAUUUCCGAGGAUAUCCGAAAUUGUGGAAUUCCUUUGGAGUCCAUUCAAUCAGUAGUCUCAACCGUGGGGUUAUUAAUUUGGAAAGCUUCGCGAACCCCUUAUACAACAAUCAGGAAUGAAACAAUUAAAAUUGGAGCAUUAAUUCUCUUGAAAGUACAAGAUUCUAGACUUAAAUAUCAUGGUAUUAUUAAAGCCAUUCGUGAUGUUAUCCCACAGGGCAAGGACCCUUUAAAUGAGGACCUUCAUAUAAUCCUCAAUGAAUUAGUAUUUGCUAUCAAUUGCAAAGAUUCUUCAUUUAAUUUUAUAUCUUAUUUAGCUCUGGUUGAACCAACCACCGGUGAUCAUUUACCGAUAUUGAGAGAUCUUUUCAACCCUACCACAGUUCAACAGGAGAAUGAGCUCGAUAAGGCAAUCUUAAAACUAUCCAAACUUGAAAAAAUUCAUCUUUUAAAAUUCUUUUUAAAUGUGCACAAUAAUAAUGGGAGCAAUAACAUUUUUGAAUUAAUUGAUAUUAAAUGUAUUGGGAAGUUAUUGUCACAUAUAACGUUUAGGGUAUACCUUGAGGAUGACGACAAAGUGAGCCACCCUGGUUCCAACUCGGACGUUUCUGUCGAUGCCAGUACGAUGGAAAGUAUACUGUUGUUAUACAGACACGAGUUCAUAAAUGAACUAUUUGAUAUAAUAAAGGAGAAGGAUGCCCACAAUAUGCAUACAGAAGUAUUACAAGCUCUUUGUACAUUAAUCUUCUUGUCAAUUAGUCAUAAGAACAAAUUCUGUAUGCUUAUCACCAUCACAUCAAAUUCAUAUCCAUUAAUCUUUUCAUUUAUUCAAUCUCAUCCGUUGUAUAGAUUGUUUUUAAAGAAAUCCGAUGAAGGUGGAGAUUAUUUGACUUAUCAAGAGUUGUAUCAAUGUCAGAAGAAUACCAGUGCACAAGUUAGUCGUAUACCAUUUUGGAAACUUAUAUUUACAUUUGAAGAAUUAUAUUCUUAUUGGUUAAUCGUAUCAAAUGAUGUUGAAAGUUUUUCCAAUGAUAAAUUAACGAUGGAACAAAUUAUUGAAUUCAUCAAGUUUUUGAAAACCUUGUGUCUUCUGUUGUUGUUUAAUCCUUCGAAUCCUGGUGAUUUAAUUGAAAAUUAUACAAAACUUCUGGAUAUUUCAAUAACUUUACUCAAUCAAUUGUACUUGAAGAAUUUGAGGUUAAGAUUUGUUCAAGAAUCAUUUUGGAAACCUAACGAAAUCUUAUUUAAUAUUGAUCAGAUGUUGAUGAUAAUUGCUGAGCAAGAAGAGAAACGAGUUGAGAUGAUGAUGAAUGAUUCUGAUGAAGAUGAUCAGGGACAAGAAUUAGAACAACUGCAACUGACUUAUAUAUCUCCAUUUGCUAGUAGCAGUUCCAUGAAAGAAAAUGAUGAUAUGUCUAUUGAUUUUGUUUCAAAUAUUGAUCCUAAUUCUUCAUCUUCAAUGAUGGUUAAGUAUGAGAUAUUGAAAAAAUUACCAUUUUUCGUUCCAUUUAAAGAUAGAGUUAAGGUAUUUCAAACGUUGAUUGAGUUGGAUAGACAAAGAAGUCUAGGAAUAGAUCAUUUCUCGUACGGUAGUAGACUCAAGGCGGAUAUUCGAAGAGAUUUCUUGUUGGAAGAUGCCUUUGAACAAUUCCAUAAGAUUGGGGCAGGAUUCAAAAAUCCCUUGAGUGUCACAUUCUUUAAUGAAUGGGGACAAGAAGCUGGUAUUGAUGGAGGUGGUAUCACAAAGGAAUUCUUAACCAGCGUUGUCACUGAAGGAUUUCGACCAGGGGGUAAAUUUGGUCUUUUCAAAGAAACGGUUUCCGGAAACCAACUUUAUCCAAGCGAUGAAAUAUGUCUUAGACUAAGUAAGAAUGUGAUUGACAAUCAAGCUCCAGGAAUUGCCGAUGAACAACGUUUAAAAUUACAAUACUUGAGAUUUCUUGGUACUGUCAUUGGGAAAUGUUUUUAUGAAAACGUAUUGAUUGAUAUAUCUUUUGCUCCAUUCUUUCUUACCAAAUGGUGUAAUGCCAACCGGGGGAACAAUAGUUUAAAGAAUUCUUUGAAUGAUUUGCAAUAUUUAGAUGAUGAAUUGUUUCAAAACUUGAUGAAAUUAACGUCAAUGUCAGAAACUGAAUUAAAGCAACUUGACUUGACGUUCUCCAUAGACGAAGUUAUUGACGACCAUACUUAUUCGUUUGACUUGAUGACCAAUGGGUCAAACAUCCCGGUGACUACAUCCAAUAGAUUGAACUAUAUUCAUCAAGUUUCGAACUUUAAAUUAAAUCAACUGCUUCAUAUUCAAACUAAAUAUUUUAUGGAAGGAUUAUUUGAUAUAAUUUCCUCAAAUUGGCUUAGUAUGUUUGAUGCAUAUGAAAUCCAACUGUUAAUUCUGGGUGGUGAAAGUGAUGUUAAUAUUCAAGAUUGGAAGGAGAAUGUAGAGUAUGGGGGCUAUUUCGAUGAUGAUCGAACGGUAUUGUUGUUUUGGGAAGUUGUUACUGAAAUGACAGCUGAAGAGAGAUUCAAAUUAAUUAAGUUUGUCACCUCAGUAUCAAGAGCCCCACUUUUAGGAUUUGGGGCAUUAAACCCAAAGUUUGGAAUUCGGAAUUCAGGAAGAAGUGAAGAUCGAUUACCCACAGCUUCGACAUGUGUUAACCUUUUGAAACUCCCUGAUUAUCAAGACAAGAAAAUUGUUCGCGAGAAAUUGUUAUACGCAAUCAAUACUGAUGCAAGAUUUGAUUUGAGUUAGAGGGUAAACUUACGUGAAUGAGUUGGUAAAAGGGUUGGUAAAGUAUUCUUUGGAGAGUCGGUAAAGGUGUUAGUAAAGGUGUUAGUAAAUGGGAUUAAUAUAUGCGUUAAAAUAAAAAAAAAUUGGGGGGCCAGUGAGACUGGAAGGGGGGAAAAGGUAAAGUGAAAGAAUAAGUGAUCAAGGAAGGAGGAACAAAAAAAAGGGGACUGGUGGUUUGAUUCACUGCUUUGAAAAGCUACGAACUUCAUAUGAAAAAUUGAAAACUAUGACAUUUAUUAUGUAUCAUAUAUUAAAAGAUUCUAAUCAAUCAAAUUUGCAAGGGUAUGGACUGACCCGCAAUGCAGGGUCCUUUCAGGAGAAUAAAAUAUUAUACAUGGGAUAAAAUACUUUAGUACCAAGGAAUUAGUUGAGUUGAGAACAACGAGACAAUAUCCUCCUUCUAGGUGUUUUUUACUGGAUUAACAAUAAUUGAGAGCAGCCUUAGAACUGUACAAAGUGAAGAUGUAAUUGUUUAGGACUAGACGCCGUGCUUGAUAGCGUCGCUUAUAUACUAUUUUUAAAGAUUAAUCUAAUAAGAAAUAUGAUAUUAAAA